GUAUGCCACUCGGCCAGGCCGGCGGCAGGCGGCUUCCUUGACCCGCGUGUCUUCACUGGCGUUCGGUGGAGCACGGUGUCGCUUCAGAGACUGCCUCGCUAACCUGCACCGUGCUGACUGUUCCGCGCCUAAACCCGCCCUCCGAGAGCCACCAGCGCACGGAGUGUGGAGACAUUCCGUCGGCACCGGUCCUAGCCUCAGGCGCAGGCUUGAGGACUCAACGCAGCCCCUCAGCGUGGGGGCGUGGCCCGGGCCUGUCCAUCGCGGGCUCUGCAGCACCGUCCAAUCAGACCCGGAUCAGGCUCCGGAGGGCGGGCUUCCGGUGCCACGCUGGGUUUUAAUCUUCAGAUCCGCACGCUUCAGCUCCUCCUGGUGUGCGGCCUAGUAGUGAGUGGUGUGUUAUCCUCUGUCGCUUUGUCACAUGCCGGCGCCGCGGACGCCGGCGAUGAACCCUGUGUCCUUUGAGGAUGUGGCUGUGAACUUCACAUUGGAGGAGUGGGCUUUGCUGGAUCCUUGCCAGAAGACUCUCUACAAAGAUGUGAUGCAGGAAAUCUUCCAGAACCUCGCUUUUAUAGGAAACAAAUGGGAAUAUCAGAACGUCCAAGAUAAUAAAAGGGCUUUGAGAAAUCUAAGGCACAUCAUACCUCACUGUGAACACAGAGGAUACAAAAGUGAGAAAUAUGCAGAAAAGCCUUGUGGAUUUAAAAAACAUAGGGAGUCCCUCAUUUCUCUCACAAAUGUUCAACAACCCAUAGUACUUCACACUGGAAAGCAAAAUAAAAGAAUGGGUGGGGAAGCCUUACCUUAUUUCAGUUAUAUUCAAAGAUAUGGAAAAUCUCACACUCUGAAGAAGCACUAUGUGUGUAAACAAUGCGAUAAGUCCUUCUUUUCUCAUGCAAGUAUUCUAAGCCACAUGGUAAAGCACACUGGAAAUGGACGUUUUAAAUGUAAGGUAUGUGGGAAACCAUUUUAUUUUUCUUUUUUACUCACAAGACAUGAAAAAUCUCAUACUGGGGAGAAACCCUAUAAAUGUAAACAGUGUAAGAAAGGCUUUAGUUUGUUUUCAGGUUUUAAAAGUCACAUGGUAACACAUACUGGAAAGUUACCCUUUCAGUGUAAGGUAUGUGGGAAAGCCUUUCUCUAUCCUAGUGUAUUUAGAAUACAUCAGAGGACUCAUAUUGGAGAGAAGCUAUAUGACUGUAAACACUGUGGUAAGUUGUUUAGUUCUUCACAUUACCUUUCUAUACAUGAAAAACGUCAUGCUGGAGAGAAGCCCUAUGAUUGUAAACAUUGUGGGAAGGCCUUUUAUUCUGACACACAACUGAGAAGACACAAGAUAAUACACACUGGAAAUGAACUGCAUACAUGUAAGGUAUGUGGGAGAUGUUUUGAUUUUCCCUGUUUAUUAAGAAGACAUGAAAGAAUUCAUACUGGAGAGAAACCCUUUAAAUGUACACAAUGUGGGAAAGCCUUCAGUGUUUCUAGUUCCUUUCACCGGCAUAAACGAUCUCAUACCGAGGAGAAGCCCCAUAAGUGUAAACAGUGUGGGAGACACUUUAGACUUCUCCACACCCUUCAAGAGCAUGAAAGAACACAUACUGGGGAAAAGCCCUACGAAUGUGACCAGUGUGGUAAAGCCUUCAAUCAUAAGAGUACUUUUAGAAGACAUCGCAAAAUUCACAGUGGACAAAAACCUUAUGAAUGCAAACAGUGUGGUAAGGCCUUCACAUAUUUGAAUUCCAUUCGAAAUCAUGAAAAGAUACAUACUGGAGAGAAGCCAUAUGAAUGCCAGCAGUGUGGUAAAGUUUUCUCCGUAUCUUCCAGCCUUAAAUACCAUGAGAGAAAAGCUAGGUGUGGUAGCACAUGCCUGUAAUCCCAGCACGCAGGAGGAUGAGGAAAAAGGACUGCUGUGAGUUCAAGGCCAGAUUCAAUGACACACUGAGACCCUUUCUCAAAAAAAUAAAAAGAACCCAAAUAGCAGAAUUAGUAUGAGAAUUAAUGACAUUGAAAGCAAAAAAUCAAUACACAAAAAACCAGUACUUUAAACAGAUGAGGAAAAAGAGCCUAAGUGAUACCUUAAAUAGGAGACAAAGAUAAUGGAGAGACAUGAAUCAGAAAUGAAAGGGCAAGACUGCAAGGAAGGAGAACGAGAAGUGAAGAAUGCACCUGUGAGUUGGUGCCAUGUGCAGGCUACAACUUAAUGCUUGUAUUGUUUAGGAUUCUUCUGACUUUGCAGGCCUAAACCUGAUAGUCUAAUCAUCUAUUAAGAGAAUAACAAUAUGCAAUGUAGCAUCUACGGAAGAUCUACUUUUGAAGUUGGUAGCCAUUGCUAGUUCCCUGCUAACUUGUUUUGAAACCCUGUAUUGUUUUGAUUAUUUAUAUCUCAUGACAUGGGUAGCUGUUUCAAAGAUAAACACGGUACAUUAUGAUAAACCAUUUUGGAUUUACUCUUAUUUCGAAGUCCUGUAUUGUUUUGUAUUUUGAUUUUAUUGGUUCUAUUCUGUUUUGCUUGAUUUUACUGUGUGAAGAUGCAGCUAGCUAUUAUGAAGACAACAAGAAGCAUUAUGGUAACAAUUGCUGAUUUCCUAUAUUAAAAUCUUGUGUCACACUG